AUGCUUCAGCGGCAAUCAGUUCAUUGGCGGAAGGCCAUCGCACUGAGACCUUUUGUAGUACCCGCAAGAUGCUUCUCAACCGACAAGCCUAGCCCACCGCCAUGGCGGCCAGGCUCAACUCUUGAUGAAUGGGUUGAACGUGACGUACGGCCAAUUAGCUUACGCCAGUUAACAUUCUUUGGUCGCGCGAUCACUGAGUCGCGCUUGAUCAGCUCUGCAAACUAUGUGCGAACCGAGCUUCCAACAAGAAUCGCCCAUCGCCUACGGGACAUGCAGAAGCUUCCCUAUGUUGUUGUCACGAACCCGCACCUCUCCCUCGUCUACGAGCUUUACUAUAAGGCCUUUGAGAAGUUUCGCAAUGUUCCCCAAAUCAAAACUUUAGAAGACAAUGACAAGUAUUGCGAUAUUCUACGAGCCACGCUCAAAGAGCAUCUGACAGUAAUACCGAAUCUUGCAAUGGGUGUAUUGGAGUGCCAGGAUCUCGUGAAGCCGGAAGAGAUAGAUCGAUUUAUGAAUACAUUGUUGCGUGCACGAAUUUCACGUCGAGUUAUCGCAGAACAACAUCUUGCGCUUACUGAUACAUUCAAUGCCCCAUGGCAUUUCCCCGAUUCAAAGGAUAGGACAGACUUAAACACGGACUUUGUGGGAGAGGUAUUUCUCAGGUGCAAUGCGAAAGAGGUGGUCGAAAAUUGUGGCAAUCGAGCAAGAGACCUGCUGAAACAAUCACUCGGACCUGAUUGUCAGGUCCCCGAUGUUGUUGUUCAAGGUCACCUGGAGGCUACAUUUCCUUACAUACUGAGCCACCUGGAAUAUAUCAUCGGGGAAUUGUUGCGAAAUUCCUUCCAAUCUAUCAUCGAAAGGUUCAGCCAUAAACCAGAAAAGCCUCCGCCUAUCGAAGUUUUGAUCUGCGAAUCUCCACAACACGUCAUCAUUCGUGUUUCCGAUCAAGGUGGAGGAAUUCCUCGAGAAGUUUCACCAUAUCUGUGGUCAUUCUGCAAGGGGCCCCACACACAGGCCCGACUUCGUAACUUACAACAAGUUCCCACUAUGGCCGCGACGAUGCAAGAGGUGAAAGUUUCCGAUUCCAAAUCUGCUGAACAACAGCACGAAGCAGACACGGGGAAUUAUACUGCCAAUGGACAUCCACAUAGAGACAGUUCAUUGGCAUCACUUAGUUCCCGGCCACCAAAUUUGCGACUUGGGAUGGGACUGCCCAUGAGUAGGGUUUAUGCGGAGUACUGGGCUGGCAGUCUGGAGCUGCAUAGCCUAGAAGGCUAUGGAGUCGAUGCAUUCCUACAGAUAUCAAAACUUGGGAAUAAGAAUGAGCAGUUGACCAUGAGAGCUUCAAUAGAUGCGGUUUGA